GUUGCUCGAGUUUACAGAAACGACUUUUUUGUACACUGAGCCGUUUGGCUUCUCGUGAAUGACCAUUCUAUAGAUCCAAUAGAACUGGAUUUUCUAAAUUGGGGUCGAUAGACUAGAUGUCUAACUAAAUGGUUAUAAACCAGAUAUACUGAGUCAUUUUAGAGCUCAUCCAGAGGACAUUCAGGACUCCUGAAGCAGCAUGUCUUUCAAUUUAAAGGAAGAAUGGGAGAAGAUCGUGGUGGAGCAGCUCAGUCGACCUCAUUUGAAAGACUUCGGCAAGCUAAAGACUGACUUGGAAAGAUUCAGAUUUUGCAGGAGUAUUAUAAGUAAUGAGCCUAGGGUCCAAGAUCUUAUUCAAACUGUACAAAAGGUCUUGAAUCGAAAGAGGAGUGUGCCUGGAAAGUCUAUUGAGAAAGUUCAACAGUUUGCAAGUGCUGGUGAUGAUUGUUGUGUGAAAAAGCAGUUCAGGAAGGCUGUGCCAUACUAUUCCAAGAGCAUCCAGUAUUUUCCUUGCAAAAGAAACAGCACAUCUUCAUCCAAUGAACCUACGAGCUUAAACUCAGAGCCAACACUUGCUGCUGUCUUAACAAGAAGAGCUGAAGCAUUGUUUAUGGUUGGAGAAUAUGAGGCUUGUCUGAAUGACAUUAGAGAAGCUUCAUCAUUACAGUACAAUCACACUCUUAGUGAUUGCCUCAUCAAGGUAGAAAAAGCUUGCUUGAAGAAACAAGAUAGACAAGCCAGAGCAAGCACAGGAUCAAGUAGCAGCCCAGCUCUACCUGAGCUUGCAGGAGGACAACAUGAUAAAAUUGCUAAUGGGUCAAAACUUAUAGCAAUCAAUCAUGAUGCUAAGCAGGGUAGAUUCCUGCAGGCAUGUGACGAUAUCCGUGCAGGAGAUGCACUCAUUGCUGAAAAACCUUUUGCAGCAGUUUUACUGCCAGAAAAUUCUCAGAGCUAUUGUGAUAAUUGUUUCAAACCUCUUGUGGCACCCUACUCGUGUAGAAAGUGUUGUUCAGUGCUCUAUUGCUCUCCUUCUUGUCGAGACAAUGCCUGGAUGGAAUAUCAUUCAGUUGAGUGUUCUCUUUUUCCUGUCUUAGAAAUGUUGGACACCUUUGUACACCUUUCUCUUAGAGUGUUACUGGCAGCUGGGCCUGAGCAAAUACUAAAUGUCCUACAGGAAACAUGUACUGGCAGGGAUGUGGAGGCUUCAUCUGUUAACAUGGGAAGUGUUCCAGGCUGCACAUCUAGUGGUGCAUAUCCUGGAGACUAUAGCUCUGUCUUCUCACUAGUCACUAAUUCAGAGCUACAGCCAGUCAAGGCAUUAAUGUCAUAUUCACUGAACUCAGCAUUUUUAAUGGAAUUUUUGGAAGAUGCAGUAUCAUUACCUAAGACACAGAGAUUACGAAGUCAAGAAAAUGAAACGAAUUGUGCAGAUUCAGGACAAAAUGAACUAGAUUCUGAUGAUGACAGUGUAAAUUUGAGUGAUGUAUGUCAGACCUGUGAACAGGAGAGAACUGUUGAUGUAAUUUCUUAUAAACGAUCACAUUCCGAAUCAUCUGAUGAGCUUGGGUGCAAGGAUGGACCAAUGAAAAAUGUCCUCAGAUGUGGAAAGAUGUCUGACUCACUUGGUUUAUACAACGAGGAAUUUACGAACACUUUAAGUGAAGAGGUUGUAGGAUCAUUGUUAUUGCAUCACCAACAGCAAAUGCUUUGUAACGUGCAUGCCAUCACCACAAUUGUUUCAACAAGUAGCAGUGACGAGGAAGGUGAUGAGGACUAUAAUAGUAUAGGUGUUCAUGGACAGGUUAUUUCACGAGAACAAAGAAGAAUUGCUACUGCUAUUUAUUCUACCGGAUCAUUACUCAAUCAUGCAUGUGAUCCUGAUGUAAUAGUAAGUUUUGUUGAUGGUGUUCUAGUAGUAAGAGCGACACACAACAUUUCUCCUGGUUCAGCCAUCACUCACUGCUAUGGUCCACAUGCUAGCCGUAUGCCCAGAGAAGAAAGACAAAAACUUCUGUUCAAACAGUACUUCUUUACUUGCCAGUGUUCUGCUUGUACCAGGGAUGAGGAGAUGGAAAAAAAACUGUUAUGCUUCUCUGCAUUUGCUUGUCAGAACUGCAAGGGUGCCAUGACGCCAAGUAUAGUUGAUUCAACAGUUGGUAGAUGUCAGAACAAAGACUGUAAUCAGGAGAAGUCUCUUGAGGAAGAACUGAGACUUGCUUGUGAAGCUGACCUGUUUUUCUGCAAAGGUAUCAGGUUAUUGGAAAGAGUUGGUGUUCAUGAUGCUCUAGAGGUGCUCUUAGAAUGUUUACGGAUCAGGAAGCAGAUACUACAUCAGUACAACAAGGAUCUUGCAGAAACACAUGAUGCUAUUGCCAGGUGUCAUGCCAUGAUUGGGGACUUUAAGAACGCAACUCAUCACUGUCUACAGAGCUCUGAGGCAGUGGAAAAGGCAUAUGGCUCAUCAAGUGUAGAAUAUGGACAUGAACUUCAUAAGCUAUCGCAGUUGCUCUUUAAUGACCAGCAAGUAAAGAAAGCUUUAGCAACAAUAGACAAGGCAGUUGGUCUCUUGGGAACCCACUAUGGCCACUGUCAUCCUGAUGUCAAAGAGCUUGGGGAGAUGAAAAAAUGCCUUGUUGCUGUAAAUGGCAAAGGAAACCACUUAUAGUAUAUAUAUACUUGACCACACUCUGCCUGGCUGUGAUAGUGCACGUCAUGCAUGAAGAACAUUAACUGAACUUCUCCUUUGUAGUCCCUGUUUAUCAUAAACUGCAGAUGGGUAAUGAGGUGAUUAAACUUGUAGAACCAAACAUUGUAGUUCCUUGGCCAUCUUGAAAGAAAAAGGGAUUCGUGAUGAGUUAAUUCAAUGUCAGAAACAGUAAUGCUUGCUCAACUAUAAAAAGUGUUCCAGAUAUUAAAGUUUAUCUGACAUCAUAACCAAGAAAGAAUGAAAAAAAUCUAAAAUUAAAAAGGUGUGUGCUUGGGUAACACGAAAGUAAAUCCAUAAGCUAUAAGAAAGAAAUAUUGACCAACUAUGACAUAAAAAGAUUUCUAGAAUGACAUAGAAGAACUAUUUAUUUGACAAAGCUCCACUACUCAAUAUGUGUAGAAUAAUAUAAGAAUGAUUUUUAUGUUACUUAAAGAUAUGGUAGACUUAAUAACUCUGAUAAAAAAAUGAAUUACAUAAGAAAAAAUAAACGGAAAAAAGGUUUUAAAACUGCUACAGUUGAGGUGGGCUGGGUACAUGUACAAACUAACAACCUAAUCCUAGCAAUAAUGAACAAGUAUACUUAUUUCCAAGAGUUUUGUUGAAGUAUUUUAUAAAGUUUCAUUAUUUUUGUUGAAAGUAUAACCAAAAUAUUGUUAGCCAUUAUAAAGAGAGAAUUUUUGUAGUACAUGAUCAUCAGAUAACUUAGGUAGCUGGUUGGUGAAUCAGUAUAGAGUUAGUUUACUCAUAUUGAGAGUUAUGGAUUAUAUUGUUCAGUAGCAUGGCAGAAAGUGUCAUACUGUGUUAAGGAAAUAAGGAAUAAAGAAAGUUUAUUUUAUUA